UCGUUGUUUGUUUACAAUCUUGGAACUUCCGGCCUUAGUAGCUUUUUCUAUAGUAAGCUAACUGGGUGAUUAUACAACUUUACAAGUCAGCUUUCAAGAUGGGAUGUGAUGGUGGCACGAUUCCUAAAAGGCACGAGUUGGUGAAAGGCCCCAAAAAAGUCGAGAAGGUUGAUAAAAAUGCAGAGUUGGCUGCCAAAUGGAAAUACUGUGCCUUGAGCCAGGAGAAACUCAGACGCCCCAUUGUCGCCUGUGAUGUGGGAAGACUCUAUAACAAAGAUGCGAUCAUUGAAUAUCUUCUGGAUAAGACUGCUGAGAGACCCAAUGCUGAGGCUGUAACACACAUCCGUGGAAUCAGGGAUAUAAAGGAACUGAACCUGACUGAUAACCCUGAGUGGGAGGGAGAGGGCAGAACUACGAAAGGAGACAGAUAUGAAGACGUCCACUGCGGCAUGUUCAUCUGCCCUGUUGUUGGGUUAGAGAUGAAUGGCAAGCACAGGUUCUAUUACCUGCAGACCUGUGGCUGCGUCUUCUCUGACAGGGCCCUGAAGGAGAUCAAGACAGAUAUCUGCCACAAGUGUGGGGACACCUUCAAAAAUGAGGAUCUUAUUGUGCUCAACGGCACGAAGGAGGAGAUGGACAAGCUGAGGGAGAAGAUGGAGGAGAGGCGGGCCAAAGCCAAAACUAAGAAAUCAAAGAAGAGCAAAGCAGCUGCCGCUCUGCCCGCACCUUCAGAAGCAAAAGAUGACGCACAAUCUCCACAAGUCGAUGGAACGGAUUGCUCACUACAGAAUGGAGAUGAAAGCAGCCAGUCAGCAGCGGCCGGAUCCUCCAGCUCCUCUCAAGGCACAUCUUCGACAUCCUCCGCCACCAAAAGGUCCGUCCAGAAGAUGACGGAGAAGUCGGAGGUCUUCAAAUCCCUGUUCACCACCCACAGCUCUGCCAAGCGCACUAAAGCUCAGACAUCCAACUGGGUCACACACACCCCGUAUCACUUCUAGUAGCUAUCACUCGGAGCAAAGAUCACCAUUUUUAGAUUGCUCCAGAAAACGCGACCCAUUAAAGACCCAUUACUGAUAAACCUAGUUCUACAUACCCAGCUGCACACACACACACACACACAUUACCCUCAUGACCUCUAAUAAUGUCACCAAAGUUUGCACUCAUUCCCAACUUGUCCCUUCAGUCCCCAGAAGCUCAGUGUUUACAUGUUGUGAACAUUUUGUUAAUGGCUCCCUAAGCUGUUCAGGCUCUUUGUUUUUCGUCCCCCAUGUAUUCCCCAGCACUCCCUGUUCUCAGUCACAGGUGCUCUGAGGAUUGAUGCUAGGGUGACUUUAUCGUCUCUGUUACUCUGCUGUCUCCUAGUGGACAGAGUGCAGCUUUUAAAGUGAUCUAGAUGAUUGAGAAAGUGUCAGAUCAUAUAUUGGCUUGAUUUCACUCUUUUGUUAAAGCAAGCGCUCUCCAUCGUCCUGCUGUGUAUCCUUUCAGUGAUUAUUUCUAUGAAUGAAAACCUGUAGAUCAUUGUCCCCCCCCCCCCCCCCCCCCCCUCCUUUAAAAGCUCUAUCAGUAUGAACUUGGCCCACAUUUCUUCUUUGUACAAUAUAUUCGCAGCAGUGGACAUUUAAGUAAUUUGUAUUCAUUAUAUUGUUGUUUUUUGGUUAAAACAUAAGGACAGUUAAAAGCAUGUUGCUUAUUUAUUGAAGCUUCUGGUGUUCAUUAAUCAACUCUAGUGCACACAGUAAAACACAGACAGAAGUAGCUGUAGUGGAGCACAAUAUGUUACAUUGGCUGCCAGUUUAAUAGCAAAAUGUAGUGAAAUUGAAGUCUAAUAUUUUUUACACUCUCUUGUUCAGACAGUUGGGUUUUUUAAAGGAGAUUAAAAAUGUGUUCUUCAUUUAUUUUACAUUUCUCCCCCCCCCCCCCCCCCCCCCCCCAUGUGUAA